UAAGUACAAUCAGAAGUAAUGAACACGUAGUAGGUAAAACGUUCUUGUGGAUUGAGUGAGAAAUUAAUGUUUGAUUCCUAAAUUCGUCGAUAAUAAUGUCGCUGAGUGCAAGUGCUGAAAAUCUAUCCACUGACUCCCAGGGUUACGAUGGAACCACCAACAUGUGUCUUGAGUUGGCUCUUGAGGGUGAAAGGCUCUGCAAGGCAGGAGAUUGCAGAGCUGGUGUGGCAUUCUUCCAAGCUGCAAUACAAGCAGGCACUGAUGAUUUACGUACUUUGAGUGCUAUUUACAGUCAACUAGGAAAUGCAUAUUUUUACCUGGGAGAUUAUUCCAGAGCAAUGCAGUAUCAUACACAUGAUCUAACAUUAGCCAGAACCAUGGGAGAUAAAUUGGGAGAAGCAAAAUCUUCAGGCAAUCUGGGCAACACAUUGAAAGUAAUGGGAAAGUUUGAUGAAGCAGUUAUUUACUGCAAAAUUCAUUUAGAUUUGUCUAAAGAAUUGAAGGAUCAGCUUAGUGAAGGACGUGCAUUGUAUAAUCUGGGUAAUGUAUAUCAUGCAAAGGGAAAGCAUAUAGGUAGAGUUGGCCAAAAUGAUCCUGGUGAAUUCUCAGAUGAUGUUAAGCUUUGUUUGCAACAAGCAGUUUCAUAUUAUGAGGAAAACCUGACAUUAAUGCAAGAAUUGGGAGAUGUAGCUGCUCAGGGUCGCGCGUGUGGUAACCUCGGAAACACCUAUUACUUGCUCGGUGAUUUUGAACAAGCAAUAAAAUACCACGAGGAGCGAUUAUCAAUCGCAAGACAGUUUGGCGAUCGGGCGGCGGAACGUCGCGCACACAGUAAUCUUGGAAAUUCUCAUAUCUUUAUGGGACAGUUUACCGAAGCGGCACACCAUUAUAAGAGGACAUUAGUUUUGGCACAGGAGUUGGGUGAUCGUGCUGUUGAGGCACAAGCUUGCUACAGUUUAGGAAACACUUACACGCUUUUGCGUGACUAUUCUACCGCCAUCGAAUAUCAUUUAAGACACUUGUUAAUCGCGCAACAUUUGGGUGAUCGAAUAGGUGAAGGGCGAGCAUGCUGGUCGCUUGGAAACGCACACGCUGCAUUAUCACAUCACGAAAAAGCCCUCGAGUAUGCGUUGAAGCAUUUGGAAAUUAGCAAAGAACUGGUCGAUCCGAUGGGUGAAGCGACGGCGAAAAUGAACAUCUCCGAUUUGAAGAAAGUUUUAAAAUUGCCGGAGUCGCCUGAUUCGGAUACCAGCUCAACAUCCAGCAGUGCAAGUGCGAAACAUUCCAAGACUGAGUCCUCACAUUCAAUCAACAAGCUAAGGGUGAGACGCGAAAGCAUGGAACAGCUUGAUUUAAUUAAGAUGACACCGGACGGAAAGCAACGUGGUUUAAGCGUUUUGCAAAAUAGCACUGUAGAUAAAAACUCUGUGGCAGGGAAGCAGGGUGAUGAUGAAGAUUCGUUCUUCGAUUUAUUAUCGCGUUUUCAGUCGAAGCGCAUGGAUGAUCAGCGCUGCGUGUUGACGGUUGAUAAUAAAGAAAACGCGAACCCUUCGACACGAUCCAAGACUAAUGUGCAAAAUGCACAGAAUGUACACAACCAACAAAACGUGCAACCACCAAAAGAUGGACCCGGCGACUUAUUGGAUAUGAUUGUUGGUAUGCAAAGCAAACGUAUGGAUGAGCAGCGUGCUGCAUUACCAAUAUUACCUGGACUACAAAUUGGCUCUUUACAACAACUAGCUGAGUCCAGAAGUAAUAGCAUACCAGAUGACAACUUUUUGGAGCAACUUGCUCGUUGUCAGAGUUCGCGCUUGGAUGAUCAGAGAUCUCAGUUACCUUCGGCUCCUAUGGUCGAUGCAGAAUCGGAGGCGCCACCACCAGCUGCCAGUCGUGGUGCAACCGUACCAGACGAGGACUUUUUCUCGUUGAUCAUGCGAUUCCAAUCAUCUGGACGCAUGGACGAUCAACGUGCAGCGGUUCCACGUUCCAAUCAUGGUGUUGCAAAUGGGACCAUACCGAAAAAUGGCAACGUGCGUAACAACAACCAUUAAUUUUCGUUCUAAGUGUAAGUUUUGAAAACAUGUUAGCUUUUCCAUGGUGUUGCUGCAGAGGAUUAAGCUUUAAUUUGUAUGUCGCCCAUUGUAAGACAUUUCAAAAACAUGUAAAGCUAUUUUGCUUUGCAAAAGUUGAUUUUUUGGCAAGAUAGUCUUCCAAAUCAUUUUAUUUAAUUGAUCGUAUUUUAAAUAACCAUUCUUAAAUAAGUAUGUGUCAGUAUUAUAUAUAUUAUUAAUCACAAUGUUAUAAAAAAAUCAUUAAGGCAUAUGGUAAAAUCAUUACUUUAUGGACUGCCAAAGUAUAUAGAUAAGGAGCCACUGUUAUAACAAUUGUAGAAGAAUGUAGUUUUAUCAAAAAGAUGCCAAACAGAUAGGAAGUGUAGUUUUCCAGAACAAUAGCAUAUGCCUCAAAAUACGUAACGUCCUAGGGAACGCUUGAAACUCAUUUUAAAAUAUAACUUACAAACAAAAUGAUAUAUAUGUAGAUGUUGAAACAAAUAAUUAGGUAUUAGGGGAGUGAGGGAGUCUUUGUUAAAAUGUUAUUGAAACCAUCCAAGUUUUGCAAUAUAAUUCUUCAAGUAGAAUUAAGUAAUUGCUGUAUGUGCUCUCUAUUUGAAAUGUAUCUAGAUAUCUGAUUGUUAUCUUAUUCGACUUAAGUUUGAAGCAGGGUACAUUCUUACUGCUGUUUAAGCAGUACUUCAGUGAUUAACUAAACAUAUAAACAUUCAUCUUCAACUAUUGCUGCCCGAUGUUCGCGUCUUGAUCACGGCCUAUACUAUAUCUAACGUAAAAUCAUUUAUCAUUACUAUUAUCAUGUCAUCGAAUGAGUUGGACAAAUUGUUAUAUUGUGGCAACUUGCAUUUAUCUAAGGGUUGAAGUUGCCAGCACUGAUUAUAGAGUAGAAUGAGGUAAGCUUACACACAUAAAUCCGUUGACCAUGGCAAACUUUUAACAUUGUUAAGCUACUGUUUAUUCGCUGCAUUUAUAUAAUUAAUUGACUGAUAAGCGAUGGUAUCCAUAAAUGUUUAUGAACAAGAAACCGACAAAUUGAUAUUAUUCUAUUAAACGUAUGGUUAUCCAAAGAUUUGUGACUGAUUUUGAAGUCUCGUCUGAUUAAUAGACUAGGUUUUAACACAAUUUUAUCUUAUUAAUCUUUACUGUUGCUGUUAGCUCCAAAGGGAAAGUUUGGGAACAGAAAUAUAUAAUUACCUUAUAAUGAACCCACUUAAAAUAAUUUGGAACAAUAGCUAGGUUUUAGUUAAGAACAAUAAUGAUACUUACAUUAAUAUAACCAUUCUUUUAUCAUUAAUCACUAUUUUCAUAUAUUAUUUUACAAGUUUAUUAUAAAUAUAUUUUGUUAAAUCCAGGUAUACCUAAAUAUGCAAAUAUUAAAAAGUUGCAAAGAUGUGUAUUGUACAUUUUUUUAGUAAUUUUUAUCAUAUAUUAUUGAAUUAGCAAACUAUUCAUAUCUUUUUAAUUUUCACAUACUGAUAAUAACCACAAUGUUGCAUUUGUGUUAUAAUGUAUUAUAGUGUUUUAUUCUCACAAAAAUUUGAUUUUUUUAAAACACGAAACGAUCGAUUUUCUUGAAAUUUUAAUAUAAUAAACUGUCAGUCGUUACAGAUCCAUUUUUCUUUAAUUUAAAAACUAAAAAUACUGAAAGAGAGUUAAAAAGAGAAAAAUCAUGGAAGCUUUCCUCAGUGAAUGCCAAAACACAAAAAAAUUAAAUAAUCGCAAAUGUACAAGUCAAAAAGAUUUAGCAUGGAAUGCCUUUAUUAUUCUUAUGCAGGGAACUUGUCCUUCUAGUCGCAAUAAGACAUUUCAUUUCAGUGGAAACAAAUUACACCAGGUAAGUUAGGAUUUUUUUGCUAGUUAAUGUUGUACCAUCAAUGCAGUACACCAUACACACAUAGUAUGAUGCACUGGCGGUGCGUACGUAACUUUUGUCAAUUUUUUAAAUUAUAAAAACAAAGGUACUGGUAAGAUGGCCAUGUAACAACAAAAAUCUAGUAAAAAAACGGUUUCAAGAAAUUAAUCUAUGCUUCCAUACGAUACUACAUAUUUUGAAUUGCUCUCACAUCGAAUUCUCGUGGAGCUCCGUCAUGGUGGGAGCAAAUGAGGUUCCGUGUUGGCCACAUGCGCAGUGAAUAUUUGUCGCGUUGUCGGCUUUUUGUUCCCCAGUACGACCAACCAGCAACUGCCAUUAUCCACAUUCACAUUCACCGUAAACAAGCCAGCGAAGCUAGCAAGCGCGCUAUUCGUUUGACACACUAAUCGUGUAGAAACGUGUCAAACAUUCUGUUUUGAUUUUCUUAAUUUGGUCGAUUGUUUUAACUUAAACACCAGUAAACCAUGGCUCCCGUGCAAAGGAUGCGUUUCGCCAACGAGAAAGCGAUGAAGAACGUCCUCAACCGAGGCAACGUACCCAAAACAGUCAAAUCUGAAAAAGAAUCAUAUCCAGUUGGACCAUGGCUGUUGGCACUCUUCAUCUUCGUUGUGUGUGGUUCUGCAGUGUUCCAAAUAAUCCAGUCUAUUAGAAUGGCAUAACAACCCUCCACAAUGAAAUGAUGAUGAAGUUCCACCAUGUGUAUGAAUAUUCUCCUAAGCUAUGAUAAUUUACAAAUAAUAUGCUCAUCCACUUAAUGUUUUAUACAAUGUGUGCAUGUUACCCUACAUGGUGUUGUGGACAAUUGCAAUACUGAGAUUAUGAAUCAAUUAAUUUGCUUUUAAAACCUAUAUCAACUUUGGGAGGCAAAAGAAAAUCUGAACAAAAUUGACAAUUGCAUUUCAAUAUGAAACUAAAUAAAUUUAAAGAAGAGUUUGGAAAGCUGCAUUCCCUGAUUUAUUUAAAAAUAUGUAAAGAAAUAUAAGUUUAAAUAUAUAUAAUUUAAAUAAAAUUAUAUUUUACCAUCUAGA